UAAAGCAGGGUAGUGAUGGAGAGGUGAGAGGAGAGUGUCAGGAAAGAGACAAAGAUCUUCCAGCUACAGACUCAACACUUGUUCCAGCAUCUCCUGUGACCAUUACCAUGGCUUCAGCUGUCAUACCUGCGCUGAGUGUGAUUCUCUGUGCACUGGCACUCAUUCUCUACAGCAGUCCCGCAGAGGCUCAAGCAGACUUAGCAUUGGACUGUUGCCUGACUGUUAGCCACAAAGUCAUCCCUAAACAAGUCCUCCUCACUUACCGGAAGCAGAUCAAAGGUGACGGCUGCUCCCUUGAUGCUGUUGUAUUCGUGACCAGGAAAGGUCUGCACCUUUGUGCCCCACCUGUCACUGAAGAGCAGUGGGUUAAAGAGAAUGUCAAGUUUCUGGACACUAGGCUCAAGAAGUGCAAAGAAACCAAAUUCCAUGAGAAACGCUGUCAUGCCCUGAAGAAUUUGUCUAUUUGAGUGAACACACACACACACACACACACACACACACACACACACACACACACACACACACACACACACACACUCAGACACUCACGCACACACAUAUUCAAUGGCAGCUAAUGAACUAAUUUUGACAUAGAUCAUUUCUCCUAUAACAUCUUCCUGUCCUUUUUUUACCUGAUCAAAGCAGGCCAAGUUGUGUGAUCUCAUUAUUCACAAAUGCAUUUUUUUCCCUCUUUGUUUGUUCUAUUUAGAUAUAAUCAUCUUGAUGCAUUAAUAAACGAGUUGACAUUA